GCAAUUGAACUUUAUAGGAGAGUUAAGGAACCGAAAUAGGAGUCGACUCCGAUAUCUACUGAAUGGAGCGCCUGAUGAAUAAUAAGCGCUGAUUUAAAGUACUCAGCAUUUGUAGAAAAUUGUAUAUCAUGUCCUGGGAUUCGGGUAAAGAUUCCUGAAGUAGAUUCAUACGUUUGUUCAGUGGAAUCGAACAGACAGAUGGCAGUAUGGAGUUGAUUCCAUAUGGGUGGACCAUGAGGUGGACUUUCGCCAUUGUCAGGUCUGUCAUGGCGGGUGGCAUGGAUUUAAACUCAGCCAGCUCGGGCAAACGUAUCCGGAAGCCCUCGCUGCUCUUCGAGGGCUUUGAGGGACCAGGCCUGCCCCAUGCACCGAUGCCAUCGCCGGCGUCUUCGCUGAACCCCCCAGUGAUGGACCCGAGCCGCCCAGGCCGCGUGACCAACCAACUGCAGUACCUCCAGAAGAUGAUGACGAAAGCGUUGUGGCGUCACCACUUCGCCUGGCCCUUCCACGAGCCCGUGGACGCUGUUCGCCUCAGCCUGCCCGACUACCACAAGAUCAUCAAGCAGCCCAUGGAUCUGGGCACCAUUAAGAAGCGUCUGGAGAACAACUACUACCGCAGCGCCACCGAGUGCAUCCAGGAUUUCAACACCAUGUUCACCAACUGCUACAUCUACAACAAGCCUACAGAUGACAUUGUACUGAUGGCCCAGUCUCUGGAGAAGGUUUUUCUGCAGAAGAUGGCCCAGAUGCCCGAGGAGGAGAUUGAAUUGCCCCCUCCUGCACCAAGAGGCAGAGGACUCAAGCCUGGCAAAGGCCGCAGGGGCAGAGGAGGGGGCAUCACCGCGGCUCAGAUGCAGGUCCCUGCCGUGUCCCAGUCUGCCUACUCGCCCUCGCCUCCCGGUACCCCGGACUCCCGGUUUUCCAGCUCUCCUCACAUGAUGCUUACCAAACCUGGACCUCCUCCACCACCUCAUCCACUUUUGACUCUGCCCCCCACACAGCCCACAGCAAAGAAGAAAGGUGUGAAGCGUAAAGCCGACACAACCACCCCCAGCACCACCACCGGAUUCCCCCUGCCCUCCCCUGUCCGUGCGGUCGGCAUGGGCAAAGGCCGCGGGGCCCUCUCACUCUCGCCCAUCCCCAGCCUGGUGCACGGCAUGGGUACAAGCGACCCGGUCCACCUGCAGCCAGUGAUGGGCCGUUCUGUGCCACGCCGGCCCAUCAAACCCCCGUGCAAGGAUCUGCCCGAGAUGCCGCGGCCGAGCCGCGCGUCUCAGCACCGCACCAAGCUGAACGGGCAGCUGCGCUACUGCAACUCCAUCCUGAAGGAACUUCUGGGCAGAAAGCACGCAGCCUACGCGUGGCCCUUCUACAAACCCGUGGACGCGUCCCUGCUCGGCCUGCAUGACUAUCACCUCAUCAUCAAGCAUCCCAUGGACCUCAGCACCAUCAAGAGGAAAAUGGACGAGCGGGAGUACCGGAGCGCUCAGGAGUUCAGCGCUGAUGUUCGGCUCAUGUUCUCCAAUUGCUACAAGUACAAUCCACCGGAGCACGAUGUGGUAGCCAUGGCACGCAGACUGCAGGACGUGUUCGAGUUCCGUUUCGCCAAGAUGCCCGACGACGUCAUGGAAGAGGACGACGACGAAGAGGGGCUGGCACACACCUCCAUGAGCCACAAUAUGGGCAUCAUCGGAUUGCAGCACUCCUCCUCGUCCUCGUCGUCUUCCUCGUCCUCGUCGUCCUCGUCGUCGCCCUCUUCCUCCUCGGAGAGCGAGCCGAGCAGCGACAGCGAGCCGAGCAGCGGAAGCAGCCCGAGCUCGGACAGCGAGGAGGAACGGGCGCAGCGCCUGGCCCAGCUACAGGACCAAGUGUGUACUCAGCUGAGAGCGGUGCACGAGCAGCUGGCUGCUCUCUCCUCCGGCCCCAUCAUCAAACCCAAGAAGAAGCGAGAAAAGAAGAAGGACAAGAAAAAGAAAAAGAAGCUCGACAAGCACAAAAGUGGCCGGAGCAACGACCGAGAGAGGGAGAAAGUACCCAAAGCGAGCAAGAGCAAAUCCAGCAAGGUGAUGCCAGCGUCCACUCAGAAAAGAGCUCCUGCCAAGAAGAACACCAAGAGCAAGACGACUAAGAAGUCCGUGCCGGCCGCGGCCCGCUUCCCGCCGCCCACCCCGCCCGUGCCGCUCUACGAUUCGGAGGAGGAAGAAGACGGCCUGCCCAUGAGCUACGACGCCAAGCGCCAGCUCAGCCUGGACAUCAACAAGCUCCCGGGGGACAAACUGGGCCGCGUGGUGCACAUCAUUCAGUCCCGCGAGCCCUCGCUGCGCGACACCAACCCCGAGGAGAUCGAGAUCGACUUCGAGACCCUCAAACCGUCGACGCUGCGCGAGCUGGAGACCUACGUGGCGAGCUGUUUGAGGAAAAAGCCGCGCAAGCCCUACGUGAUCAAGCCCAGCGGUGGGAAGUCUCGCGAGGAGCUGGCGCUGGAGAAGAGAAGGGAGCUGGAGAGGAGGCUGCAGGACGUUAGUGGUCAGCUUAAUUCGGUCAAGAAGCCACAGAAGCCCAAAGUGGAAAAGGCCAGCGCCGGCGUGGAGCAGCACUCGGCCGUGCCGGCUCGCCUCAGCGCCAGCAGCUCCAGUUCCGACUCCUCGUCAUCGUCUUCGUCCUCCUCCUCCUCAGACACCAGCGACUCUGACUCCAGGUGAUUCCGGGGGACGACGAGAGAAACCGAACACGACCGCAUCCCGACGGAGUAAAUUCUGGAAGAGUCGGGGUGACGUAGCUCAGGAUGGAAGGACGAAGCGAGAGAGGAGAGAGGAGAGAGGAGAGGGAACCGGUCGCUCGCUCAUCGCUCCCAUCACAAGGACGCAUUGUUGUGCAACUACGACGUGUUUCCAGACGUGUUUGUUAACAGUGUACAGAAUGUGUUGCAUUAAUUUUUCUUUUAUAAAGAAGACUUUUAUAAUCGUGCCCAUAGUGGGAGGUUAUGUGGACUGUGCUGCUGAGGGUGGGUUGGUGACGUUACAUGGUCUAGGUGUCUCUAAAGCAUGACUUUCAGUAUCGGAUGCAUCCACUGCUUUAAUUCAAACCCUCGAAUAAUCUGGUCUUCAACCAGUGGAUGAGUUUUCCAAACUCGUUCUUAAAACAAAAAAAAAAAACAACCUUGCUUAAACAGAAUAAUGAAGCGGGCUAAUUAAUGCACCGUUUUCCUUCUUGAGUUCCUAAAAUCUAGACCAACGGAAAGCAAAAUUAAAUUUCCACAAACUUGCGUCUUUUAUUUUUGUUCUUUCCUUUUUUAUAUAUAUAUAUAUAUUCGUCUUUCAAAAAUAUUUCCCAAAGCUCAAACCGGACCCGAAAUAUCACAGUCCACCUCGACUUGCUGCACAAUGUAGAUUUCCUGCUAGCUUUCAUGCGUAUUCAACCAUAUCAGCUUAGCCUAGUGCUGCUUUUAAGUUAGACAUUCGAACCCCAGUCGGAAAUUCAAGAAUUCGAAGUGACCGGCGGAGGUCCGAGGUGAGAUUCGGGUCGACGGGAUUAAAAGCGGUGCUUUUGUUCUAAAGGAAACGGAAGAAAGAAAAAAAUCUAUGUAUAUCGAGUGCAUGAAAGCGAUUGGCCGCGUACUGUAUAUAAGCUCGUUUGAUUAUGGUUUCUACCUUUAUUUUGUUCUUUCCUUUGUGUGAGCUGUUAGUUUUAACCUCUUUAGUUUUUUUUUGAAUGUAUAAAAUAACAUCUGAUUGUUGUGAACGACGUAGCUGCACAGACACAACAUUCCGUUCUGCUAUAUUUAUAUCCAAAACAUGGGCUUUCAACUGUAUAUUUAGUUUGCUUUUAUUUGGAUGUGAAUACACGUAUGCCAACUGA